AUGGGUACAAAUGAUAGUUUAACUCAUCCAAGAAUCAUAAUUCAACCAGAUUGGUUUGAAUACGUUCAAAAUAAAGAAUUACCAGUUGAUGUCUAUGUAGAUUUCAAACCAGGAAGCAGUCACUCAGAUUUAUCACGUACACAGCAAAAUAUACAUGCUCUAUUGUCCAUACAAGCUCCCACUGGAAAUGAAUCGACUGUAUUUGAAACAUCAGUUACAGAUCAUUUUGAAACGAGUUAUAUUGAAAAUGGUCAAAUAUCAGUAAAACUCAAAGGUUCAGCAGUCAGACAUACAUUCAAAGGUCCGAAAAGAAUCUUCAAAUCAGCCCAUGAUUCUAUCAAUGGAAAAAAUGAUAUGGAUACUACGCCUAUUGUUAAUGUACCAGAACGAAAAAUUCUUUCAUCAACAUCAAAGAUUCAUCCAAAUUGUUUAGAUAUUAGUCAAGGGGGUCUCAGCUUAGUAGGAUUAAGUGACGGAAUUAUAAAUGUAUUCGAAAAUGAAAAUGGUGAUAUUCGUCGUACAUUGACGGGUCAUGUACAAGAUGUUUAUACAGCUCGUUUUUUCCCAUCUGAAGAUCUUUUGAUAUUAUCUGGAGGUGCUGAUUUUCGUGUGAAAAUCUGGACAUUAGAAAAUAGUGGUGAAUGUCGACAAACAUUAACAGGUCACACAUCUAGAAUUAAUGAUUUAGCAAUUAUUGAUAAUGGCGAACAAAUUGUAAGUGUAUCAAAUGAUGGUUCAGCACGAUUAUGGAAUUGGUCUAAAGAACCUAAUCAAGCUGUUAAUACAAUAUGCCAGUUAGAUAAAGGAAUUAAUGGUUGUUGUAUAUUCGAGUCAUCUCUGGUAUGUGCAUGUGAGGAUGGUUAUGUUAGAAUGUACGAUGUCAAUGGAAACGAUAAAAAAGCAACGGGUGAAGUAAAAAUAGGUGGUGCUGUCAAUUGUGUAUGUUAUGGAUCAGAUUAUAUUGUUUGUGGAACAGAACAGGGUACAAUAAGUAUUUGCGAUUUAAGACAAACAAAGUCUGUUAUUCAUUCAUGGAAAGAAUUACGAUCAAAAAUAACCUCGCUGACACCAGUAAAUGAUGAUGGUGGUAUUUUAGUAACAACUGGAGAUGGUUCGACAUUUUAUCAUGCAAAAACAAUGUUAAUAAAUCCGAAUAUUGAAACUGAAAUGGGUCCAAUACUGUAUGAUGUUGUCGAUUAUACAGGACCAGAAAAUGAUAUGGUGUUGAAUGCACGUAUUGAUAAAAAUAAUAACAUUUAUACAGUCGCUCGUGAUGGUUAUGUACGUGUUUAUGACAAAGUUCAAGAGAAAAAAUAA